AUGCCGCCGCCGCCGCAGCUGCCCUCCGAUCACCCCACGCCCCGGCCGCGGCCCAGGCCCCCGCCUCCGGCCCGCAAGAGCUCGGUCCCCGUCCACGCCGCCAAGAGGGCGCCGCCGCCGCCAGCUCCCGCCGCCGCCGCCGCCAAGAAGAUGGCGCGCCCGGCGUCCGCGCCCGACCUGACGGCGCUCCCCGCCUCCGCCAGGCCCAGGCCGCGCCCGCCCUCGACGCCGGCCAAGAACGGUGCCCCGGCCAAGAGCGGGACCGGGACCGGGAGGCCGGCGUUCAUGGCGCCGCGCGGCGCCCAGACCGUGCGCCCCGCGCGGCGGCUCACUCCGGGCACCGCCGUCUACGUGCGCACCAUCUUCCGGCCCCGCAACGUCAACAUCAAGUGCCGCAUCCUGCUGUGGCUCCGCGCGCGGGUCGUCUCCUCCCCCGACGCCUACCACUGCACCGUCAAGUACGCCGCCGACCUCAGCGACAUGUUCGCCGGCAAGAUCGUCAGCAAGCCCGCCGACCACGUCCGCCUCGCGCCACGCCCCACGACCGCCAAGCCGGCCAAGCCCAUGACACCGGCGCUCGAGGCAAAGGAGGAGGCGUCGUCAUUGCCACGACGAUGA